AGAGUGGGCUUUGCUGGAUCGUGGUCAGAGGAAGCUUUACAGAGAUGUGAUGCUGGAGACCUGCAGGAACCUGUCCUCCGUGGAGAAGCAGGAGUUUCACAGCAGUGGAGAUCUGACCCGAAUGCAGCAAGGGCUUUUGAGGUAUUGAUCAUGUGAAAAAACAUUGCGUUGGAAAAAAUGGUCAGAGAAAACUGUAUGUACGAACCCCCAAAUGUUAUGACUCUGUUUGAGUUGUCAGCCAGAGAUUAUGGCAUAAGCAUGAUGGGUUUUAGGCUUUUACCAUUUUGUAAACAUGCAGACAGUGCCACAAACAUCACUAUUCAUUGACAGUGGCCAUUAUAUAGUGCAAUAAUGAUUAACAAACAUCAAUAGAUCGUUAAUUAAGAGAUAGUUUGUAAUCAUCAUUUCCUAACCAUGUACCUUCCUAUUUUGAACAGAAGUCCUCUGGUGGAGAGUGUCUGUGAACGUAUUGAAGGAGAUCAAUGUGGAGAAACGCUGAACCCAAUUACAAGUCUUACUGUGCAUGAGGGGUGUCCUACUGGAGGCAAAUCCUGUGAAUGCACUAAGUGUAGAGAAGCCUUUGCAGAUGGUUCCUUACUAGAGAAGCCGCGAAAACCUCACCCACAACUCAAACCUAGUCCUAGUGAGGAGUGUGGGCAGGCUUGCAGCUCUGUUACAAGCCUCAACACUCAUGUGGACACAGACCUUGUAGAGAAACCCUGUGAAGGUCAGGUCACCGGGAGAGCAUCGGAGACAUAUGCGAAGAGUCUCCGUAGUAAAAAGUCUAUAGAGUGCAAGAAAUGUGGAAAAACUUUCACUUGCACAGCUUCCUUUAAACGUCAUGUGCAAGGUCACUGUGGACAGAGAGUCCAUGUGUGUGACACGUGUGGGAAAACCUUCGUGUAUCACUGCUACCUUACACGUCAUGUGAGAAUUCACACUGGGGUGAGACCCUAUGAAUGUCAGGAGUGUGGGAGAGCCUUCGGGUAUAAGUCAAGCCUGCAAAACCAUGUCAGGACCCACGCUCGGGAGAAACCCUAUAAAUAUCAGCCGGGUGGGAAAGCCUUCCCUGGUCAGCAUUCCUUUCGAAUACCUGAGAGAAAACACACAGGGUAUGCACCCUUUGAAUGUAAGGAGUGUGGCAAAACUUUCAAGAAACGUCUACAUUUUGAAUGUCACAUGACCACACACAAUGUAGUGAAACCCUAUGAAUGUCUGGAGUGUGGCAGAGCCUUUAGGCAUCACUCAGACCUGCGAGUUCAUAUGAGGACACACACUGGGGAAAGACCCUAUGAAUGUAAGGGAUGUGGGAAAUCCUUCCGGAAGUAUCAUCAUAUUAAACGUCACAUGGUUAUUCACAGUAUAGUGAAACCCUAUGAAUGUAAGGAAUGUGACAGGGGCUUUGGGGAUCAAACACACCUGAGAAUACAUAUGAGGACACACACUGGGGAAAGACCGUAUGAAUGUAAGCAGUGUGGGAAAGCCUUCAGAUAUCAGUGGAAUCUGCGAGGACAUGUGACAACACACACCAGGGAGAGACCCUAUGAAUGUCCGGAGUGUGGGAAAACCUUCAGGUAUAAGUCAUGCCUACAAGAACAUGUGACAACACACACGGGGGAGAAACCCUAUGAAUGUCAGGAGUGUGGGAAAGCCUUCAGGUAUAAGUCGUGCCUGCGAGAACAUAUGAGGAGACACACUGGGGAGAGACCCAAUAAAUGUCAGCACUGUGGGAAAGCCUUCCUUCGUCACUACACCCUCGUACUACAUACUGCGAGAAGACACUCAGGGGAUGGACACUUGGAAUGUAAGGAGUGUGGGGAAACUUUCAGGAAGCAUCGGCCUUUUGAACGCCACAUGACCACACACAAUGUAGUGAAACCCUACGAAUGCGAGGAGUGUGGCAAAACCUUCAGGUAUCACAGAGACCUAAGGAUACAUGUGCGGACCCACACUGAGGAAAAACCCUUUAAAUGUCAGCACUGUGGGAAAGCCUUCCCAUCUCCUUCAAACCUGGGAGUACAUAUGAGGACACACUCUGGAGGGAGAUCUUACGAAUGUCAGCGGUGUGGGAAUGCCUUUACCUCUCCUGCUAGCCUGCGAGCCCAUAUGAGGACACAUGCUGGGGAGAGACCUUUUGAGUGUAUCGAGUGUGGGAAAGCUUUCAAUCAGCUGCAAAUUUUUCAAAGUCAUUUGAAAACACACAGCACCAUUAAAUCCUAUGAAUGUAAGAAGUGUGGGAAGGUGUACAAGUUCUCCUCGUCUCUUCGAGCGCAUAUGAAGAAACACCCUGGGGAGAGACCUUGACAGAUCACCGCUUCCUUCAAGAACAGGUGAG